AUGGACCAGCAACUACCUGCAUCAGUAUGGUCAGCAGGAGGCCUAGCCGGGAUAGCUUGUAUUAGCUCAGUCGCAUUGACAGUUCAACGUCGUUUACAGCACGACAAAGAGCAGCAAGCGCAAGAUGCAUCUCCACUAAAAUUUGAUUAUGUACGCGACUAUACCGUUCCCUUCUCUGAUGUCAAUCGCUUAGUAAGAAUAUCUUUUGAGACAUUAUUUAUGACAGCUUUGGCUUUUUACAAUUUGUAUGUUACUGUUAUUCGCAUCUCUGAAACAAAACAAAAUCCAGAUACUGUCACAGUAUACGACGUUAUAUCCAAAUCAUUGAUAUGCAUAGCAUGGUUAUACGCACUCACCCUAGCAUUUAUAUCAAAACGAUAUAAAUUACCUAAUAAAUGGGGAUUUAUACUCAACAUUCAUUUAUUCGCCUUUUAUACAAUAUCACUUAUUACGGCACUUUAUUCACUUUGGGAAGGUCUAAAGCUCCAUUACGACAGUCAACUUACCUUGGCGCAAGGCUUACCAUUAAUUUUGGACAUACUGUUCUCUGCCGAUCUCUUUUAUACCACUGGUUCUGCUGAACAAGGACCACCUUAUUUGGAUAUUUAUGGGGACAACGAUGGAGAGAAGAUAGACGAACCAGUAGUAGUAGCAGAAGCUACGGUCGCAUCUAUUUUUAGUUUUUUGUAUUUCAGCUGGGGAACAUCCGUUGUGAAUGCUGUCUACAAAAAUCCAAAAGAGAUACAUCUACCUAGCUUGCCACCAGUUUAUAGAGGCUACAAUCUUUUCUAUAUGUUCGGCGCAGAACGUGAUAGACCGCUUAUUUACCGUCUUCUCCAUGCUAAUUCAACAGCCAUUAUAUUACAAUCUAUAACAACAGCAAUCUCAGCCGCUUUGUAUUAUGCACCAGCAUUUUUUUUAAACAAAUUUUUAUCCCUCAUACAAGACAUUGAUACCGGGAAACAAGAUGAAUACUACCUUAUGGAAGGUCUUGUGUACGUCUCUGGUCUAGCAUUGUCAUUGAUGAUAUUGAGUCUUGUUGUCGGUCAAUUAUAUUAUUGGGGCUCUUCAUCUUUGCGUAUUCGCAUCAAGGCUAUGCUAAAUAUUGAACUUUACCGCAAAACACUUCGAAGACUAGGCGUCUUGGCGAUGAACAGAGACAAGGACGAAGAAGAUGAAGAAGAAGAAAGAACAGAUGUAAAUGCUGCGAAAGACGAUAACAAAAGUAUAGACAAAACUGAGACAGCACAUGAGGACAGCCAUAAUUCACUUGGUACCAUCGUCAAUCUUAUGAGUACAGAUUCACAGCGUAUAUCUGAUUUCACCACAUCAUGGUUUGUCAUUAUUGAAGCACCUAUUGAAUUGUCCGUUGGCAUUUCAUUCUUAUAUUCAUUACUCGGAUCCUCUUGUCUAUUGGGCUUGUCAGUAAUGAUUAUCACACUUCCGCUGAACCACUUCAAUUCAGUUUUGUUUGCUAAAACUCAAGAAAAAUUGAUGGAAGCUAGAGAUAAGCGUGUAUCAUUAAUGAACGAAGUAUUGCAAGGCAUUCGUCAGAUCAAAUUUUUUGCCUGGGAAGCUGAAUGGGAGAAGCGUGUGCUUAAGGCAAGAGACGAGGAAAUGAAGCAUUUACGUACCACCUUUCAAACCGAAGUACUUUUCAACUUUUUGUGGCAAGGAACACCUUUGCUAGUUACUAUUGUUUCAUUUUUUGCUUUCACAAAACUGCAAGGUCAAGUAUUAACAGCCCCCAUUGCUUUUACAGCCAUUACUGUUUUCACAGAGCUUAGAUCGGCUUUAAACAGUUUACCUGAAACGGUUGUUGACGUAUUGCAAGCUCUCAUUAGUGUAAGACGUAUCGAGUCCUAUUUGGAAGAAAAGGAAAUUUCACCUCCUACAACAAACCUCAAUCCCAAUUGCCGUGUAAAUAUAGGAUUUAGAAACGCAACAGUCUCAUGGGUAGAUGUACCGCAUUUCUAUGAAGAUGAGGAAGACGUAUUAGAACCAACGCCCAGCAGUAACGUCGACAAUAAUUUGUUGGCACUUCCCACUUCUGCUACACCUUUGACUGCCUCAUCCUCGACUAUUCACUCCAGUAAUUUUGAAGACGCCGAUACAUUUAUACUACAUGAUCUCAAUGCUCGAUUCCCAAACGGCGAAUUAAGUAUUAUUUGUGGUGCAACUGGUUCAGGUAAAUCGUUAAUGAUGUUGAGUUUACUUGGCGAGACUGUAUUAUUGGAGGGGGAAAGCUUUUGCCCCAGAACACCAGUUGCAGAUACUCUGGAGCCAGACUUUGAUUCUACGUCAACGGCUAGGAUUUCUCAGAAGGAUUGGAUUUUGGAUCAUGCAGUAGCCUACGUGUCACAAACAGCCUGGUUAAGAAAUGCCAGUAUUCGUGAUAAUAUUCUGUUUGGACUACCAUUUGUAGAAAGUCGUUAUAAACAAACGCUUUACGCCUGUGCAUUGCAUAAGGACUUGGCCUAUUUGGAAGAUGGAGACGCAACCGAGGUAGGCGAAAAAGGAAUUACUCUAUCUGGAGGCCAGAAAGCUCGUGUAGCAUUAGCGCGCGCUGUGUAUUCGAGAGCAAGGAAUGUUUUCAUGGACGAUGUGCUGAGUGCUGUUGAUGCUCAUACUGCGAAACAUCUAUACAAUAAAUGUGUUAUUGGACCAUUGAUGCAGGGUCGCACUCGUAUUUUGAUCACCCACCAUGUUGGAUUGUGUAUUCAAGGGGCCGCUUAUGUGAUUCAUCUUGAUAAUGGUCAUAUCCAUUUCAGUGGUUCUCCAACAGAGCUUGAAGCAGACGGGAUUCUGGAGACAAUAUUGGAUGAUACAACAAGUCAUGGUGACGACAAGCAUGACGAAACUGUUGAAAAUGAAACUGAUACGCUUGAAGAUAUUGACGCUUUGGUAGAUUUGUCAAAAAUCAGCAACAUUGCGCCCAAGUCACUUGUCCAGGAAGAAAGUCGAGAGGUGGGACACGUGAAAUUUAGUUUGUACAUGAGGUAUUUCCGAGCCUUAGGCAAUCCUUUUUAUUGGGCAGUCGUAUUCGCUUUUGUUUUCGGUUCUAGAGGACUGGAUGUUGCCGAAAGCUGGUGGAUAAAGAAAUGGGUUCACUCUAAUGAAGCAAACGACAUUGUCAAUAGUACGAUAGCUUCUACACCGAAAGCACAGUAUAUGCUUAUGGAUCAACAGCUGAAUAUUCUCAACUCACAGCCUUCGUCGGAAGCGCUUUUCGAUGUGGCCAACACUGGUAGCAAUAGUUUCAAGUUAUUUGCAUUUGGAAGUGCGAAUGGAAAGAGUCAAUUAGACAUGUAUCUAUCUAUUUAUAUACUUAUCACAACUACUAAUAUUUUUGUGGGGGCAUGUCGAUUUGCCGCUUUAUAUUAUGGCACUUUACGAGCAAGUAGGAAGCUGUAUCUACGCCUGUUAAAGAGAAUAUUGCAUGCACCUAUGCGUUUCUUUGAUGUUACACCCAUCGGCCGUAUACUCAAUCGUUUCUCCAAAGACUUUGAAUUCGUUGACUCAGGUGUUCCCAACGAUUUAAUGUAUUUCUUCAUUCAAUGGUUGGUGAUUGUCUCGGCUAUAUUGACCGUCUGCUUUGUACUUCCAGUAUUCAUCUUACCAAUGAUACUUGUGACAAUUUUGAAUAUAGCAAUUGGUAAACGGUUCAGUACUGCCUCACGCGAACUUAGAAGAAUGGAUUCAGUUACUCGCUCGCCCUUAUUCACUCAUUUUGGUGAAACGAUUGUUGGUGUAGCUACCAUUCGUGCUUACGGAGUUACUCGUCAAUUCAUGAACGAAAUGCUUAGAAAAAUCGAUGAGAAUUCUCGACCCUUUUAUUUUGUUUGGUUGGCUAAUCGUUGGGUGGGCGUCCGUUUCUCAUUCCUUGGGGCUGCAGUUAAUUUUUGUACUGGUAUCUUUAUUCUGCUAAGCCUUGGUUACAUGGACGCAUCACUCGCUGGUUUCUGUAUGAGUUUCGUGCUAUCAUACACAAGUCAGAUGACAAUGGCUAUCAAGCGGUAUACAAGGCUUGAAAUGAGUUUCAAUGCUGUUGAAAGAGUAGCAGAGUUUAUGGAAAUAGAGCAGGAAGCACCUGCGAUUACCAGUAUUCGACCUCCUUCAGAGUGGCCAACCGAGGGGCAUAUUGAAGUAAAAGAGCUCGAGGUUCGCUAUGCACCAGAGCUUGAUCCAGUGCUGAAAAGCUUAAGCUUUACUAUCAAAGCAAAGGAAAAAGUUGGCAUCGUCGGUAGAACGGGUAGUGGUAAAUCUACAUUGGCCCUUUCUUUCUUUAGGUUUGUGGAGCCGUCCGAGGGCACAAUUUUUAUUGAUGGAGUUGAUAUUUGUAAAAUCGGUACAAGCGAUCUUCGUAGUAGUCUAACCAUUAUACCCCAAGACCCUGUCCUGUUUUCUGGUACGCUCCGGUCGAAUCUCGAUCCAUUUGACGAGUUUGAUGAAGAAAGUAUAAAGGCAGCUUUGAGGCGGGUUGAAUUGUUACCACCAGAUGAUCUAGACGUUGAUGUUCCAGAAGAAGGUGACGGAUACGAAGACUUGAACUCUAAUGUUUUUACAGACUUGGAAACGCCUGUGAGUGAAGGCGGGUUGAACUUCUCGCAAGGCCAAAGACAAUUGAUUUGUUUGGCGCGAGCCCUAUUAAAGAGAAGUCGUGUUGUUCUUAUGGACGAAGCAACAGCUAGUGUAGACUUUGAGACGGAUGAAGCAAUUCAGAAGACGAUCGCUUGCGAGUUUGCAGACUGUACCAUAUUGUGUAUCGCCCACAGACUCCGAACAGUGAUAGAAUAUGACAAGAUUUUAGUCCUGGAUCAAGGAGAGAUUGCUGAAUUUGCAAAUCCUUUAGAGCUCCUCAAUACCCCAGGCUCCAUUUUCAACAAUAUGUGUGAAACUAGUGGAGAGUAUGAUACGCUGAUCGCACUAGCUAGACGAAAACAUCAAUUAGUAGAUGUUAUGUAG